GUGGAGACGAUCGGAGACGCCUACAUGGUGGUGGGCGGGGUCCCCGUGCCCGUGCCCACCCACGCGGAGCGCGUCGCUAACUUCGCCCUGGGGAUGAUCAUAGCGGCGAGGGGCGUGCAGAACCCCGUGUCCGGGAGCCCCAUCCAAAUUAGAGUUGGGAUCCACACAGGUCCUGUCUUGGCUGGAGUUGUCGGAGAGAAGAUGCCUCGUUACUGCUUGUUUGGAGACACGGUGAACAUCGCUUCCCGCAUGGAGAGUCACGGGGUCCCGAGUAAAAUUCACCUGAGCUCCAGUGCCUACCAGUGCCUAAAAUACAAGAACUUCGAGAUGACUGAAAGAGGAGAAAUAGAAGUGAAAGGCAAAGGGAAAAUGCACACCUACUUCCUCAUUAGAAAUAAAACUGCAACUGAGAAUGAGAUCAUGGGAAGGCCAACGAAAGACUUAGAUUCCGGCCACGAAUCCGUUCAGUCCUUUCAAGAAGGCAGGACCGAAGCAAUAUCAAGUUGUCAUCAGCCAGCUGCUCAGGCUCAGCCAGAGAAGGACCAGACCCCAGCCAUUGCCAUGAAGUACACCGAUGGCCCCACAGAUGCACCCAACAGCCUCAGAAGGAGAAAUCAAGCGAAAAUUGCAGAUUUAACAGGCAAAACUUACGAUUCCAGGAGUGAUGGGAGUCUCCAUGGCAACCAGCGAGCUGAGGACGAUGAUGAUGACGAUGGUCCUCGUCCUCCUCCAAACUCAAACCGGGGAAGAGUCAAAUCUGCUGCCGAGGGGCCACACGUGAGAAACGUUCGCUCCAAUUUCUGCACUUUGCUCUGA